AUGGUCUACUCUUGGGACGAUAAAGAAGCACGAUGGGACUUCCCCUCGAAACAGAACCCGGCAUACAAAAACCCCGCCCUCGUUGCGCGCCUCCAGCAACUAUGGGAGCAGAACUACACACAGAAGGACAUGGUCGAUACGCUACAGACUGAAGGUUAUCAGAUCAACGACCGCGAACUGCUGCGCUUGCGACUAAGGCUCAAGCUCCUACUCCGAGAAAGUGUCGCCAGACCAAACAAGCAAAAGACUGCUGGAGGAAGGAUACAGAAGAAGCCGAAGAAGAAACCUGCCAAGCCUGUGCCAGGCAAUGGUCUAAUCAACCAGCUUGGGAAUGCAAUCUUGGCCGAGGAAUCGACGAGCGAUGACGGAAGCGAAGACGAGUCUGGGGCUGCUCAACAAAGAGAUGAAGAGGAAGAGGGUGGGGCAUAUGUGGACGAGGCUCGGCCUAUACUCCCUGAGCCCGACGUCACAGGUUUGAGCGCUGAAGAGGUGGUCCGAAAGCAACUGCGCCAACAACAGCUUCAAGCCGAGAGCGACGAGAAAUGGCGUACACGGAAGCGAAGACGUCGAACACGAGGCUGGGCUGGGUUGCCAGCCGACGCUCCCGGCGAACCUCCGCGAUUCCCUUCUGAAACUACCAUCGACGAAGCCAAAGCCUAUCUCGGUUUGGACAACGACAAAUACCGCCAAGUCAGAGAGUGCUUCCUUCAGAUGUGCAAAGAGCAAGACGUUACCAAGAAGACAAUCGCCGGUCCGGAGAAGUGGUCGCAGCUUGUACAGCACCUCAUUCAAAGUGAUAAACACUUGGCCGAGGUGUUCCAACAAGAGCCAGAAGUGCUACAAAAUGACGAUGCGCUCUUCCGUCCGAAAGGCCAGAGAGCGCUGUCACUUGAUGUCAUCUGCAUGGACGUCACGAAACGCUUACGAACAAUGGAUGCACGCAUGACUCUCGCCGAUGCGAAGAACCUCCUUGGUCUCAAUCCUCAACAGACAAGACACGCGCGCAACAUGUUUGCCAACAGGUUGAAAUCGGCUCAUUUUACAAACAAGCACGAAGCUGGCGAGGAACGUUGGACAGAGUUGAAGCAAGCUUGGGUCAAUGAGUCUGAGAAGCUUACAACAGCACUCGCACAAGGAGAAGACGAUCCUGGCUAUGCGCGGAAGCUACGCGCUCUCGAGGUGCUCGCUCGAGAUGUAAUGAAGCGACAACAGCAGGAGAAGACAGCCAAAGACCCCAGCAAGAAGAAACAGGUACACCAAGGACCGGGGCCUGGGCCAGCACCGCCUGUCGUCGCUCCACACCCGACAAUACUAGGCGGUAAGGGGAGACAGCACAGUAGUGUUGGUCGGAAGGAAGCAACGCGUGCCUCAUAUACUGCCGUGUCCUCUCUACCGACUACUUCAGACCUACAGAUUGACCCGUCUCUCUUGUUAGCCGCGAGUGACGCCGCUAUACUUCCUGUUCCUGAUCACACGCCUCGGUACCACUACCAGCCCGGUCAGUACCAACCAGCCACCCAGCAUCAGCAGCAUAGUUCACACAACCACUACCCGGAAGAAUACUACCCAGCCGCCUCGAACACGUCUAUACCGCUACCAGUGUAUUUUCGCUUGCAUCCACACUCCUCGACUCCCUUCCCUAACAAAUCAGUCUGGCUUUCCAUCAUCCAGACGCCCUCGGUCGUCGAACUACAGAAUCUGGCAAUGCACGAGCACCCGGGUACUACGGUACAUAAACUUGAGGGACUGAUUCCAUACCGAGGUGAUCGGGCGGAUCGCGAAGUUGCGGUUGAAGUUACAGACGAUGGAGAGCUGAGUGCAUAUUUGGGACACAUCAAACGAGGCGAUGGAGGAGCUGCUCAAGGGAAAGCAACCUUUAUUGUGCUGUUAGGACCUAGUGCGGAAGGGGACUAUGCAUGA